AUGGUGAUUAGACUCCUGGAGGAUAAACUACUUCCCGACCACCUCCACAAUAUAAUUAUGUAUAAAAGGUACGUGGACGAUAUACUCAUACUAUGGAGAUGUAAGCCUGAUAUGCCGCCAUUUUUAGCAUUGUUUAAUAACAACCCUUACGGAUUGACGCUGGGUCUUGAACAAAAGAGCUACACCCAGGUUCAUUUUCUGGAUGUCAGCAUCACGGUUAAAGGUUCGACCAUCAACACGGAAGUUUACAGAAAACCGCUAGUAGAACAAUUAUACAUUCCAGUAGGGUCUUGUGACCCGAAGCAAUACAAAGUAGCGGCAUUUAACACCUUGGUUAAAAGGGCUUAUACACACUCUUUGACAUUGUAUGCAUUUGAAACAGAAAUCAACGUACUUAAGAUUAUUGCUGAACGACAUGGGUAUAGUAAACUGAUAACUACCUUAGUCAAAAAAAAUGAUUCGUCCACAAUGAGCAGAUCAUCUGGAAACGCUAGAGAAAGAACAGAAGGAAAGAGUGUCUAUAACGUACAAUCCGUAUUUGGAAAAACUAUAUAA